CCCGCGCACUCAUGAGCUCUCUCACGAACUCUUUUCUGAGCUCAGUUCCACCUGCCAGUCACUGAGGAGCACCGCCCGGAGACACUUUUAACACCGGCAUUCCUGAUAUGCGGAUUUAUUGGAGGCGAUAAGGGUGCCGUCCUGCGCGAGCUGUUUUGGACUAAUCGGUCGGUCGGAGAAUUUUGUCGAAUCUGAUUAUUGUCUUUUGAGUGCGAACUGUCGUCAGGAGAAGACUUGAAGAAUGUCGCGCGACCCAGAGGAGGUGAAUAAACUGACAGAGAGCACUUACAAGAAUGUUAUGGAACAGUUUAACCCGGGGUUGCGUAACCUUGUAAACCUGGGGAAGAGCUAUGAGAAAGCUGUUUCAGCCAUGGCCCUGGCUGGGAAGCAGUACUUUGAUGCUGUAUCGAAGAUCGGAGAGAACGCAGCCGUAUCUCCAGUGUCCAGAGAACUGGGGGUUGUUUUGAUUGAGAUCUCAGACGUCCACCGAAAAGUCAAUGUGGAGCUGGAAGAAAAUUUUAAACGCUUUCAUCGGGAGGUUAUCGCGGAGUUGGAGAAGAAAACAGACAUGGAUGUGAAAUACAUGACGGCCACGUUCAAGAGAUACCAGACGGAGCACAGAAUGAAGCAGGACUCGCUGGAGAGGUCACAGUCAGACUUGAAGAAACUCAGGAGGAAAAGUCAAGGGAAGAACGCCUCCAAGUACGAGAGCAAAGAGAACGAGUGUAUAGAGACUCUCACUCACCGUCAGAUGGACAUGCAGAAGUUCAUCGCUGAUGGCUUUCGCGAGGCUCUGCUGGAGGAGAAGAGACGCUUCUGUUUCCUGGUGGACAAACACUGCAACUUCUCGAAUCAGAUGGGAGGUUUCCACAACAAGGCUCGAGAGAUUCUCACGGAGAACAUUAACAGCUGGCAGGACAAAUGCACUGAUGCCUCUAAUGUUCCAGAGAGCAUCAUGUCUGUGAUCGAAGGUCUGCAAACUCCAGUGUCCAUCACUCCUCAGGCGUCUCCAGCUCCCUCGCGUCACAGCAGGAUCAACUCCGAAGCAAUGAUCCCACCUCCAGCGCCUCCUCAGACGAGUCCACUGGCCAACAUGUUCAAUCAAGACACCAGACAGCAGAGAGAGCCCGAAUACAACGAAGACAAUGGACUGUCCAGGUCUGUGUCGAUGGCCACUGGCCUCAAUCACAUCGACAAAAGACCUAAAGUGCGCACCAUAUUCCCCCACAAAUCUGGAAACAACAACACACUGCUGAGCUUCGAGGAGAGUGACAUCAUCACACUGCUGAUCCCGGAAGAGAAAGACGGCUGGCUGUACGGAGAACUGCAAAAGAACAAACAGCGGGGCUGGUUUCCAUCAUCUUACUGCCGUGCAUACACAGAGCCAGCGGUAAAUAACAGUUUCACUAGCAAUCCUCCCAUACGCAGUAAGAGUGUGGUGAACCUCAUGCAGCAGAAUACAGAAGACGACAUGAUGGACCUGCCUCCAGCUGACUACAGCGACUAUCCCGUCAGAAGAAACUCCACCAAGAGUCUCAACCAAACAUACUCAACGGCAUAUGAGAAACCGGUGUCUCAGUCAAACGGGCUGCCAAAACAUCCUGUUUUAGGGGGAGGAAAUCCAUUUGCAACAGUGAAACUCCGACCCACAGUGACCAAUGACAGAUCAGCUCCCAAAAUCUGAUCAUCUCCACAGACGGCCUUCAUGCAUUCACAGUGCACAUUACAGUCAACUGGACGCCCCUCAUACAUGCAUCUCUGCAGGGCUGGGACUGGACCACGUCUCCUCUGAGGAUGCUGUGUUUAUAAUGCACACAUGCACCAUAUACUGUUGAACCACUUUAUUUAUGUUUAUUGCUUUUAGAGCUCGGCCUUUCUCUCUAUAUGUGUGUGUGUGUGUGUGUGUGUGUGUGUGAGAGAAAACGUGUACAUAGGGAGAGAGAGAGAGAGAGAGAGAGAUAGAGAUGAAAUCAAUUGUGAGGAUCGCAAGAGUCAGAUGUUUUACUUCCAGUUGUUGGAGGUAUCAUUGUGUAAAUAUAAGCAGAGUGAAUGUGGUCUUAAAGGGAUAGUUCAUCCAAAAAACAACUCAUCAUUUACUCACUCAUGUGUUCCAAUAUCAAAUGUCCAAAAUCAUGACAGUUUUUAUCCCAUACAGUGAAAGUGAAUGUUGACUUUAGAUGUUCCUAGUCCCCAUCCACUUUCAUCGUGUGGGGAAAAAUCUGUAUGGUGGUCCAUCAAAGGGUUUGGAACGAUGUGAGGACGAAUAAAUGACGAAGACAGUUUUGGGUGAGCUAGCCUUUUUUAUUUUUUUAAUCAUUGUCAAAAGCUUUGUGUUCUCCACAUGUACACGACUAGAUGGGAAUCUACAGAAAAUUCCUGAUGAUAGUGAUGUGAACAGAAAUCCCCACAUGAGUUCUGAUGGAAAAUAAUGCUUAUGGUGGAUGCUGAAUAUUAAUCCAGACUCUUUAAACUCUUCAUGAACUGGGGCUUGGCUUGACCCGAUGGAUACGUGAGAAUGUUGAAGUAUUGAGAAGUGAAUUAAAGCGAUAUAAUCAAAAGAUUGGGAAAAGCCCAGCCAUGUUUCGUGUAAUGCGGUUUACUAGAGUUAGCAGGCUAACUCGGUCAGCUGGCCCUCACUUAUACAAGUUUUUAGCUGAAAUUGUCUUUUAUCAAGUGAUCAAAUUCUUUUAGAAUAAAACUGCUUUUAUCAGGUUUGUCUCAAAACUCAGUUGAUUGUUGGUUAAUGGACAGCGGUUUAUUUCUCUUAAUGCUUCUGGGAAACUGUUAUUUGGCUUUGAUUGUAGCAACGCACCUUCCUGUUGAUAUUGACCUAAUCUACUACAUCACUGCUGUAUAGAAAUAAAAAAUAUUUUAUGUCUAAA